GUAUGUACAGACUAGACUUAUUAAUUACGGACACAUUUCGUCGUCGACUGAUACCUCAUAUUAAUUUUGACCUGCUUAUCGUGUAGUGAAACUACUUUCACUUCACAUAUUUAUAUACACCAUCACCCACAUUGUUAACUGGCCUAUUUUAAACCUUAAUACAAAGAUAUAAAGUCCAUUCAUAGUCUGUUGACAGUGUUGUUGUUAGUACAUGGGGCCCAAGACUUUACUCUAUGGGGCCUUAUGGGGUGUACUCUUUGAACGCGACGCCUACCGUGCGCGGCGCGUCAUCGUGAACCUUGUCGGAAUGCACAAAGGUUGAUAUUGCUCUGUAGCAGCGCGCGUCACUUGACGUCUUUGGCCGAGGUUAAAAAUAAAUGUAACAAAGUAACUUUUUUUUGAUAAAUGAUUAUUAGUACUAUUAUCAAAUAUUUUAUAUGUAUGUAAUCGUUAUCUCCGUUGUAAUAUGACAUAACCGCAAGCGAGAUAACCAACUGUCUGUCUGUCUAAUCUAAUCGUAAAUCUUAGUUCGUUUCGAAAACUGAUAAACCCAGACUGACAGAUUUAUCACAGUUUUGUAUUUAAGUGAUUGAAAUUAAAAUCUACGUAACUAAAUAGAAAUAUGCUCCAAACAUAAUAAUUUAUUCUUAGCUGGUAUGUAUGGUUCUAGCCCUGUAUGUCAGCAUGAAUAAAAAAAAAGUUUAUUCAUGUAUCAUGCUUAGGUACAACUAAUUACAUUAUUCUUCUGCCGAACCACAGAGUGGUUUGUUUUGUUGGCAGACCAGGCUCUAAGCUAGGUAGUUUAUAUGAAACUUCUAUUAUUAUCUACUUAACGCUUGCGCAUGCGCAGCCCUAUAUGGCAGUUAUAAUUUUCAACUCUAAUGAUUGUUAUUAAAGUUCAUUUUUAAACAGAUACUUUUUAUUCAUGACAUGAAGUAAGAGGUUAACGCUACAAUCUGAGCGUACAGCAUAAAAAUGUAAUAACGUAAUAGUUAACAGAGUGUUCGGCGUAUCGGCGCGCAAGGCAGCUAGAGAUGAGAAAAUGAAGGGGUUGCAGAAGGAGACGGAAGAUUUGCGUGCCAAGAACCAGGAGCUCACCCUUCAGAUCUCCAAGCUCAAGAAGGAAAUUGGGAAGAUAAAAGACGAGCAUUUCUCCGAAUACCUGAGCCUGGCGCGCGAGCGCGACGCACGCUACACUCUCUACUUCGAGAAUCUGUCGCUACAGUUACGUCUGCGAGAGCUGGAGAGCGCUCCUGCUGAUACCGCGCAUGAAGAUCCCGUCAUGCUCCGCAUUGCGUUGGACCGGUGUAGAGAGCAACUAUCCUCAACGCAACAUAAGCUCCACAAGAUGUCGGAGCAGUACGCGCAAACGGUCCCGCAGCGCGAGUUCGACAGCCUGGAGACCAAGUGGUCGGAGCUCGACAAGCGGGCUGGCGAGCUGCAGGUGGAGCUGGGGGCUUUGCAGGACAAAUACAAGAAGGUUUUAGCAAGCAAGAAAAGCCUAGAAGAGGAGCUGGCUGAGUGCAAAGAGCGAUGUAGCGAACUAGAACGCGCGGGCACGCCGCGGCCGCGGUGGGAGAUCUGCGCAGAUUUCAUCAGCGGAGGCCGGGAGAGAUGGUGGCAGCUGGCAAGUGGUCUGUCCUCGAGAGAUAUUCUCAGAGUUCUUUUGAAAGAGCUGGGACCAGCUGCAGAAAGCGAUCACUUGGAGUAUUUCGAUGGCCUGGGCACGGAUCCGGCGAUCCCGCCGUACCUUCGCUACACUGGCAAGGUCCGCAACAUUCGGCUCUCGCGGCGAGAAGUAAGCGUGCUCAUCACCGACGUAUGGCGUGGCAAGGGACGACAAGCCAUCUCUAUGCAAGAAUACCUCACCAAGUAUUUAGAGGAAAGAUAUCAGCAAGUAUCAGUGCGUGCAGAAUGGGCAUACAACCUGUGUGCCGGCGCGGAACAGAUGCUGGAUGAGCCACAAGUCAAGCUGUUCUGGGGCGUGCUGCACGGCCACCUGAGCGAGGACAUCUACUGGUCGCUGCGCGCGCAGUGGGAGACGCUGCGGGACCAGCUGUAUCGCGUCAGCAAGGAUGGAGAGACUAUUUCCAUAGAAGAAUUUGAGAAAGUAGCCAAAGCACAAUUUCCUUUGAAGAGCGAAGUGGACAUCCGCAAUCUCUGCGAUGUAGUGCGAAAGCAGCUGAAGCUGAAACUGAACAACACCGAAGUUAACCUGGACAAACUAUUCCAAGAGAACGAGGAAGGCUUCGACCGCGUGGAGUUCGCGCGGGAGCUGCACCGCCAGCGGCAACAAGCGCAGGACAAGCUCCUGCGCGAGCUGCUGGCGGAGCUGGGCGGCAAGGGGCAGGCCGGCAAGGCGGUCUCCGUGGACGCGCUCAAGCGGGCCUUCGCUAUUGUCGACCCGGCCAUAGAUCAUAUCCGUAUGGAGCGCAACAUCCGUUGGGCGUUUUCCGACCAAGUCUCGGAACUCAGCAGCAUCAGCCCGUUGCCGCUCCGGACCCUGGCCGCCAGACUUGCUGCAGGGGACAUUGAACGCGUUGGUCCGCGAUCCCGUAGUACUCAUCGGAGAACUACUUACAAAUGAUUAAUUUAGUGUUCAUACAUACUUAAUCCAAAUUAAUAAAGAAUAUCAAUUACCUCCUU